UUGCACACUGACACCACUGGACCAAUUGACGCUGCCGCCAUGGAUGCGAAAUUCGCCAAUUGCUUAACAAUCCAGCGACCUCUGGAAGUGCGGACCGUAUUUCGAAUCUCCUGUGCGCGUCCAAUCCGCGACAGAUAAGGCGGCAAAAUUUGCUUACGAAAGGGGCGAAAUCAGCUGACGGGUUGGCUUUCCAAUUGACCUCUCCCUGUUUGUAUAGAGGUAAUUGCGCUGUGAUUCCCUCCGUGCGCUGUGCGGAAUAGGAGAGCGAGAGGAGCCUUAACCACACAGUAACAGAGGCAGCAGCAGCAGGCACCUUCGGGGCGCGCGUCACGUUGAAACGGUGCAGCAACAUCGCGCCAGAUCAGAUCGCACGGCCCCUGAUCGAUGACGCCGGGUCGUGAUUUGACGUGAUCGGGCAACGGAUGACGAGCAACCGGGCCGCCGCGUGCCAUACCAGUGCCUCGCAACGUGCUGCAACUGACGCGCCCGGGAGGACAAACGUUAUUCUUGCACUCGCACUUGCCGUGUGUGUGUCCUGACCUGACCCCUUGCUGGAUUGGGAUGAGGCGAGGUCGUCAAGGUGUAGGUUGGAGCGAUGGGAGAGCCGCUUUGCUUAUCAGCAGUAUUGCAUGCAUGGCAGUCAGGCAGGGGCGGGAGCAGGAAGGAUGCCUUUCUUCGCAUCUUACCGAGGGGGGAAGGAUAGUGUGUGAAUUAGGGCUGAUUCGUCCGAGCUAGCUGAUCGGUAUUUCAGUACCUUGUUGGCCGUGCAACCGUUUGGAACAUCGAGCCUUAAGGAAGGGGUAGCGCAACAGGAAUUAAGUGAGUGACGUUGUGUGCGGCACUGCUGAUGUGAAGUUAUUUGCACCGAGCUUGCCUGGAAGGUUGAUAGAAAACGACGUGUACCACCACCACCAAGGGCGUAAAAUAUACUAAAACCGAAGAAAGAUGGCCCCUAACGCAACGGUGGAGGCAACCGGUGUGCUGAACGAGCUGGACGCCGAAACGAUCGACGGCGGACUGGCGAAGGAUGUGACGCCGCUGAAGCGUGCCGAGAAGCGCAAGAUCAAGCUGGUCUGGAGAAAUGUGAUUGCCUUCGGUUACCUUCAUCUGGCCGCCGUGUACGGCGCCUUUCUAAUGCUGACAUCGGCCCGGCUCUACACCAUCGCGUUCGCAUUCGUGUUGUACGUCGUGUCCGGACUGGGCAUUACGGCUGGCGCGCAUCGUCUGUGGGCCCAUCGGUCGUACAAGGCGAAGCUGCCCCUGCGCAUCAUCCUGGCCGUGUUUAACACGAUCGCGUUCCAGGACUGCGCGCUGCACUGGGCCCGCGACCACCGGGUGCACCACAAAUACUCGGAAACGGAUGCGGAUCCGCAUAAUGCGACCCGUGGCUUCUUCUUCUCGCACAUCGGCUGGCUGCUGUGCCGCAAGCAUCCGGAAGUCAUUGCCAAGGGCAAGCAGCUGGACAUUGCCGACCUGGAAGCUGACCCGGUGCUGCGCUUCCAACGCAAGCACUACAUGAUCCUGAUGCCUCUGGCCUGCUUCGUGCUGCCCACGAUUACGCCGGUGUACUUCUGGAACGAAACCUGGACCAACGCCUGGUUCGUUGCCACGCUAUUCCGCUGGACAUUCAUCCUGAACGUGACCUGGCUGGUGAACAGCGCUGCCCACAAGUGGGGAGAUAAGCCGUACGAUAAGAGCAUCUCGCCCUCGGAGAAUCGGACGGUGGCUUCGUUCGCGUUUGGCGAAGGUUGGCACAACUACCAUCACGUGUUCCCGUGGGACUACAAGACGGCCGAGCUGGGCAACUACCGAAUGAACCUGACGACGGCGUUCAUCGACUUCUUCGCCAAGAUUGGCUGGGCGUACGAUCUGAAGACGGUGUCGAAGGAGAUCGUGGAAAAGCGCGUCAAGCGCACCGGCGACGGUAGCCACCCGACCUGGGGCUGGGGCGACAAGGAUCAGGACCAGUACGAGGUGAAGCACGCCACCAUUCUCAACCAGAAAGAGGACUAAACAUCAACCACACCCGUCCCCGUCCUCGGGGUGGUGGUGCCACCGACAGUGUUGUUGUUGUUGUGACCGUCCGACAGUAGUGGGAGAGGGGGUGGUGUGACGAAUCGGACACGUAUCUUCGGAAGGAAUUCAUAGUGUGUAGCGCCACAAGAGUGCAUUCUCGAUUAAAAGGAGGAGGAGGAGGAAAAGGGAAGGGGAAGGCUAUGUUUUGGAAGAUCGAUCGAGAGAGCACAUGCUGUGUGUGUGUGUGUGAUAAGGAGCGAAAUCGAAUGAAAAGAGAAAAAAUCGGUAGGAACUGAAGUGCGCGGGUGGGUGUGCGCGAUUAUAAAAGGUACAUGAAAUAAUGCUCUAAGCAAAAAUGAGGGUAACAUCAAAAGGCUGGUUCAUAAGUUUAAAUACGUUUAAAACACACAGACACAUACACACAUACACAAACAUCUCCAUACUAACACAAGUCCGCACCGCACCAGAAGCGAGAUUAGGAAAGGGCGCAUUGCAUUACCUGAACAAUUAAAAAAAUGGGAAUUACAAAUUGGUUUAAGGACGAACAAAUUAGACCAUUACGUACGGCUGCUACACUACACAAACUGCGUGUGUACUAUUAAGCGGAGCGAAUCGGCCAGAAAACAAACAAAGCACACACAGGGUCAUUGUUACUGAAAAGAGGAGUAAUGCUUGAGGAAAGGCGCGCAGAGUGGUGUUUGAAUUCAUCAAACUCACAGCUGGACAAGUUCAUUGCUGGAGCGCAACUCCAUCGUUUGCCGGCAGUGCUACGGCAUCAACUGAAAAGCAAAAAAAGUCUUUGUUUUGUCUAACAAGCUCAGCUUGUGCGAGGAAGGAAGAAAUUGUUAAAACAAACACUGUUCAAGCCCCCCCCCCCCCCCUGCUGCUCUCCCCCACAAAAAGCGUCCGGUGUAUCAUAGGUUUUGGUUUUUUGGUUUAGUUUUCGGCGGACAGGAGAAUCAAAAUGAAUUACAUACCCCACACCACCGUCAGCGCCAUCGUCACCUCUUCCCCCCCCCCUCCCCCCCGUCUCUCGCAGGCCGAUGCGACAUGACUUUGUGAUAGGAGCAAGAAGGAACAGAAGGGCUUUUCUGCUGUUUUGGUUGGUUCGUCUUCAAUGUUUGGAGACGGCUGCGCUGGCUAGCUUCGAUAUGUAUGUUCCCGCCACACAUGCUUAAUAAUAAUAUACCCUUCGAAUUAGUAAUGUGUGCGUGUGUGUGUGUGUGUGUGUGCGUUUAACAUGUAAACACACAUAUACACGCACGUACAUACAUAUUAUAGACGCGUAUGUAGUACAGACACACAGUUCAAAACGGAAACUAGUGAAUUUUCCAGUAUAGGUUGGCGAGCGUGGGAUUUGGGUCAAGAGUUUUUUUUUUUUUUUUGGUUAAAUAGUUUGUAGCUGUGGGAGGGGGAUGAUGGGCGCAAAAUUCGAAGCCACACAGGACACACACCACACCGAUAUAUCCUAUCCGUCUGGGGCAUGUGUAUUGGGGUGUGCGGGCUUUUUGCUUAGCUUUAAGUUAGUAAUUUAUUGUUUUUACUUUCCUCUCCCUCUGCGAGGGGUGUGUCUCCUCCUCACCUAGACACCCAGCAUCCGUGCAAGGAUCCAUUCGCUCUUUUGGUGUGUCAAUCGCAGCAAGCGCGACGUGUCCAUAACGAUAUGCAGAGAGAGAGAAAGAGAGAGAAGGAAUGAUGUUGAGACACGCACUCCUCUGUGCCGUGUUCGGUCGUGUUUCGAACGACCCAUCAACCUGUCCGUGCAGCGGUGUUAGGUGUGUAGUAGAGGUACAUGAAAUAAAAUUAAAACAAAAUUGAAGAAAAUACAAACAAA